CCGUCGUCAGCCUGUUGCGUUCGACAACCAACAGACAACCAACCAACCAACCAACCAAGCAACCAACCAGGAGACUAGACAACUAGAAACGACAACCAACGAAUCGCAAAAAGGUGUAUUCUUAUUCGUUUUUAUGUGUGAAUUUCAUCGUUAAACGGGGGAGAAUACAACAACUUUUGAAUCGAAAAUUUGCAUUGAAAUUUUUUGGAUUAUUUUUCCUUUUGAAUUAACGCGAUAACUGUUAUAACUGAAUGAUGAAAGCCACAGCGUGGUUUUGUCCGGUUAUAUUAACUUUAUUGUGCGCCACAAGACUCGUUUGUACCGCACAACGAGGAGGAGGAGGAGGAGGCGCCAGUGGCAGUGGAAACAACAACAACGGAUAUCCUCUGGACUACCUGGAUGAUGCACAGGCCAUACAGGAUGAUUAUUUACUGUGGGCCAAGCGCAACAAACCGUCGCUCUCCAUUGUCAAUCCCUUGGAUGUGUUGCGUCAACGGCUGCUCCUGGAAAUAGCGCGUAGGCAAAUGAAGGAGAAUACACGGCAGGUUGAAUUGAAUCGCGCCAUACUAAAGAACGUUGGUAAACGAGUGUUCGUUGAGCCCAGGCGAAGCUACCAGCUGGAUUCAAUGCGAGAGCAACAGCUGCAACAUUUCCCCAGUCAACUGUGGAGCUUGUCACAGUCCUCCGAACCCUCGUUGUCCUCACCCGUUUUCCCGUCGUCGUCCUCAUCAUUGUUGUCGCCGUCGUCGUCACGGUUUUUUGAUUUUCUGCAGCGGGCACAAUCUCAACCAAGACCGAGAACCAUAACAGCAGCCGAACAAGAGUCAGAAGCAGAAGCAACAUCAGCACAGCAAAAGUCCCUAAACGUCUUGGCCAAGCAUCAGUCAAACGGAAAUGAAAUUGCAAAUGAAACAAAUCAUGAAAAUGGGCAUGGCCAAAGCGCAACAGGCAAUGCUGUUGCCAACAAUAUGGAUGUGGAGUCACAGACAGAGCAGGAGCAGGAACAGGAUCGGGUACUAGCCGAGUUGGAGGACAACCUUAACUGGGCCAAUGAAGAACCAAAUGACAUUGCCGACAAUGAAGACAAUGCAAAUGUUGUAUCGCGACAUUUGCCCUGGCGCUUACUCUACGGACAGCACAAACAUCACCAUUAUGCUAAUUAAGUUUGCUACAAAUGCACCAAGGUAGCCUACUAGUCAGGCAGACAGACAGACAGACAGACUGGCAGGCAGGCAGGCAGAAUGACAGACAGACCAGACAGGAUAGAGGUAAUAGACGACAGUUAGCAAUGUAUAUUGACGGUUCCUAAAAUGGCUGGCUCUAAGACAGGCAUGUUGUGUGUGCACAAGACCCACCCACCAAGCCCACCCCAUCCCAUCCGCUCACCUAACCCCCUCUCCCAUUCAUCCCUCUCGAACGAUACCAAUUCCGAUUCCGACUCCAAAAAUAAAGCCCUCCGAAUGACAAAAAGAUUAUAUAGCACAGUUAAACGAUUAUAGAUUAACCUUUUCCUAAUUUAACCUUGCUCCAUCAUACUCUUCCUCUAGCAAGCGAAAUAUUUGUAUUGUAUUUUAUUGAUAUCUAUGACUAACCAACUAACUAAACUAAACAAACUAACUAACUUAUGUAUGUAUGUAUGUACGUAUGCAACAAGAUUGAUUCAUGCUACCUCUCUCUCAGUUCGAAAUGAAACGAAAAAAGCAUUCCCAAAUCAGUUGGAGUGGGGCAUUUCUGGUACUUUACUCAAAUUACAUAUAUAUAUACUAUAUAUAUACAUAUAUUUAUCGAAUAGC